UGUUAAUACCGACUCUGUUGAUGUUCUCAAUGAAGCUUUAUGACUUUAGCACUUAUGAGAGAAUCCUUCAUUUAACAUCUGAUGACGCAAUCAUUCAGAUACCGAGCUAGACUCUCGGGAUAUCACGACAUAUUAAACAGUCUGCAGUUAUGUUUAUUGUAUUGUAUUAAAGCCGAAGUGGCCGGUACCUAACUGUCAUGUAUUCAUUCACUCAGGUGUGUUUUAUGACGCGUGUGAGUCUGAACAUAACCGGUGAGUCCAUUCAAUGCGAUGUUUGACCCCGAGAGGAUUUGGCGAAGACAGAUUGAUUUUAUUUCCGAGCACUUCCGCCUCUCAAACCGGAUUGUGUUUCCGGUUUGUUUCCGGUCUGUCGGCAGAGUUCAUUCUACUUUAUUCAAACUCUUUAACACGACAGUGUCCGAAAUGCACGCGCUGCUGCGGCGGGUCGGAACCGGAACCGGAACAUGGAGAGGUUUUCACAUGACAGCCCCUGUGAUGACCUUUGACCUCAGGAAGGUUGAACUGAUGCCUCUGGAGCAGCGGAAGCUCACCUUCGACUCCCACACCAUGGUGACGGAGCUGGAGAGCAGCGGGUUCGAGAAGCGUCAGGCGGAGCUGGUCGUCUCCGCUCUGGUUACCCUGACGACGACCAACAUGGACAUCAUCUACAAGGACAUGGUGACCAAAGCACACCAGGAGAUCGCCGUGCUGCAGAUCGUGGCUCACCUGGACUCCAUCAGGAAGGACAUGGUGAUCCUGGAGAAGAGCGACUUCGCCAACCUGCGCUCCGAGAACACGAAGAUGAAAAGGGAGUUGGAGCAGAUUCACGAGCGGCUGAAGGAGGAAAGUCAGAAAGUCAGAGCUGAAGCCAAACUGGACAUGAACCUGCAGAGCAGCAAGAACUCUGACGUGUUCACCGAACAGGAGAAGAAGCUGCUGGAGGCCAGUACCGAGUUCCACCACAAGAAAGCCGACCUGGUGAACGACAACAUGGAGAUCAACCGCAAGAUCGACCUGCAGGUGGCGUCGCUCAAGACGGUCCUGGAGUCCCUGAAGCUGGAGACCGUCCGCUACCUGGCAGCGACGGUGUUCUCCUGCCUGGCCAUCGCUCUGGGCGUCUACCGGCUGUGGAGGUGACGUCUCCCUCCGCCACGCAAAGUAGUUCCUCUGGUCCACAGGACUGCAAGUUAAAGUACGCAGCAGAAUGUGUGUACUACUGUGUACUAGUACUACAAAGGACAUCCACUCAAGGACAGACGAGAACUACGUUGAGGUACUUGUAUUUACACCAAGUACUUUUGUUUAAUGCUAUUUAAUUUACUUCAAAGUAUCUUGUGGUACUUCUGACUACCUGAUGGAGUACUACACGGUAACGUGGUACAAGUACCUCAAAGUUCUUAAACUA